GACUAAGAACGGAGUCACGGACACCAUCUACUAACUAGUAAUUAAUGACAUGGCUUGCCUCGUGGCGGACAAGGCAGCACAGGGCAGUUGUGGCUUGCGUCUUGUGCCUCGCCCUCUGACGUCAGCGUUAUUCAGUGGCUCUGGCUCGUGAGCUCUACGCAUUUUCGUCCGAGGAAUCGAGUGCUGAAAGAGCUGUGAAGAGAAUAACAUGAUGCACACAUAGAGCAACCAUAGAUCGCGCGCUUCUUGCGCGCGGUGGUGAGUGAACAUGGCUUGCUCUCCUGUCUUACACCAGUGGCCAGCCCUCUUGGGCGCCCAAAGAGGCCUAGCGCGGGCUGCACUUCUAGGAUCCGACAGCCGGAAUCAACAGCCGGACAACAAUUGGCGACCGCUUUUAUCUCCCGCAAUGCAACCUACCCUAGAUGAUGGUGGCAUCUUACAUACAAGUACGUGCAUAGAUAGAUUGCAAAGCAUGCUGCAUGCUCGUCUCGGUAUCUCCAGUCUUGGAAAUGAGCGAACAUGCUGUGGCACCCGUGCCAAGCGGUACCACAAUACCACGAGGCCUGUUCCUGACAAGGCGGUCGAGUGUCAGGGGUGUCACAGCAGCCACCAAGUAUCUGGACGCGCCUCGCCGCAUUGAUCAGGCAAAGAAGUGUCACACAACGUGGCUGGGUUCUCUUCCGAGUCUUGGGUGGCACAAGCUGACUGACAGUCUCCUCUGAGAGC